AUGGAACCCAACUGUCGCCGGAGAUUCGUUAGAGCUUCCGCUUAUUGGCGACGGGAUGGACGGGAUCGUCUGGGAUCGGAAGAGGAAUCCCCUCCGACCCAAGAUGUCCGCUCUACAAGCCGAGACUUCCAGCAAAGAGGGACACCGCCCCCGUAUCUUAAGGAAAGGACGUCCCUUAUCGCGAAGAACCGAGCUGUGCCAGCACAUCCCGCCACUAUCUUAUCCGUCGAUAGCAGCGAAUCGGAAGGUUUUGCGUCAUAUGGAACGUAUUCAUACCAAAGCGCUUUCAUUAACCCAAUUACAGGGCUCAAAAACAGGAGGUACAAAAGACAACGGCGGAAGUACGGAAAUAUAUUCCGAUGCGCCAGUUCUGUUUUCCGGGACAGAUGUGUUUGGAUUGAAAUCCGAAGAGGGGUUGGAGAAAUGGCAUGGGAAAUCAGAAAUAGAUCUCCGGCAAACACAAACAUCCUCAUAACUGCUCUCCUGCCCCGCAAACAACAGCGCUUCCUAUUUCUAUUAUCUCGAAUUAGACAUGCCUUGAACGUUUGUGCACUUGAGGAGCGGUGUUCGGUUACUGUAUACAACUCCAAGUGGAUCGUGUAUGAUGCAAGCUGCUGUAGUUCGGCAGCUCAGAAAAUGAAAUCGAUCCCAUUCCGAUCAGGAACUGAGAGCAGUGACUUUCCACACGAUCCUUCCAUAGUUGGAGCGAAACUACGGCAUAGUGCACGAGACUAUCUCGCCUCUUCUUCUACAAUACAGGGGAGGUUCCGGCUGCCGGGUUCCAAGGAGGACAACUUCUUCCGAGGAGACCUCAGAGAGACUCCAGGGCGGGGUUUCACCACUUCAUGA